ACGUUGAAAAAUUAACAAUUCUAAAUGGAAACCAUACCAAACAGAUUUCCCAAAACUUAGACUGUACAUAAAAUUACAAAAUAUAAAUAUACCAACUGAUUCAUAUUCAUAUAAAACAGUCUAAAAAGAGAGCAAUAUAAAGAAAAAGCGCAAGGCAAAGGGAGGUUCAACCCAAAGUUAAAACUCUUAAUAACUACUUUAACUCUUGUGAUUCACGAGACUCUCACAAAAACAAAGCCAUCACAAGACUCCCAAGAACAAGUGUUUGAAAAGAUCGAUAGAAAGAAGAGGAAUUAAUGGAGACAGCAGGGACAAGCAGUGUGGCAGGUGCAACAAAGAAAAAAGGUAGUGAGCAACAGAUGCUAGAUGGUUCCAAUAUAAUGAAGUUGGUUGGGGAUGAGGAGGUGUUUAGCAGCUUUGUUGAUCACAAGUUCCAUGAACUUGAUAGAGACAAAGAUGGUCAGCUCUCUGUGAGGGAGCUUCAGCCUGCUGUUGCCGACAUCGGUGCUGCCCUUGGCCUGCCCGCUCAGGGUUCUUCUCCUGAAUCCGAUCAUAUCUACUCCGAGGUUUUGAAUGAGUUCACUAAUGGAAAACAAGAGAAGGUGAGUAAGACUGAGUUUAAAGAGGUUCUCUCGGAUAUAUUACUAGGCAUGGCUGCUGGCUUGAAACGAGACCCUAUAGUCAUCCUCCGUAUUGAUGGAGAAGACCUGCGAGAGUUCAUCAAUGGCCCUAGCUAUGAAGCAGAGAUGGUCUCCAUAUUCUCUCAAAUAGACUCACCUCAUACAUCACUACGUGAUUACAUUAUCAACGCUCUCGAUAAACUUACGGUUGAUCAAGGGAUGCCCCCUUCCUCUGAUUCUUGGGUUAUUAGCAACAUUGUGGAGCCAGCCAUGCAGUCUUGUGGUAAUGAUGAACAUGGAAAACCUGUGUCUCAAGAGACAUUCUUGGCGGAGUUUAGGAAAGUAGCGGAGUGUGUAGCUCAACAUUUGGAAGAGCAGCCUGUUAUUGUUGCCCAUAGCGAAAACAUUUUCGACGGAAGUGGCAUUAAAAGACUUCUAUCCAACAAGUUUGAAUUGGAAAAGACAAUGAAUGCAGCUCUAGAGAGUGUGCCAAAAGAUCGUAGUGGAAAAUUGUCCAAGGACUAUUUACGGGUAGCUUUGGAUACAUUGGCUCCAUCAGCUGGUUUACCUCCAUUUGGUGCUGUUGAUCAGAUGGACAAGGUUGUUGGUGAUGUUCUCAAAAUGGUGAAUGCUGAUGAUGGGAAGAUAAUUAAGGAAGAGGAGUUCCAGAAGAUUCUGACUGAAAUUCUGGGAAGUAUUAUGCUGCAAUUAGAGGGCAAUCCCAUCUCAAUAUCUAUAAAUUCGGUUGUGCAUGAGCCUCUUGCCACUCCAUCUCCACUUAUGCAGCCAUGCCCCUAGUUACACAUAUCACAAGCUUUUAAUAUAUGAGUGUGUGUGAAGAGAAACCGCUUAAAAUAAAAAGAGAACAAUUUUUUUAUGUGUAAGUGCUGCUAGCUGAAGUUGUGUAAUGUGUUGUUGUGGUUAUGAAUUUGAUGCUUGUGAUAUACAAAUAUUAAUUAAUUAAUUGAGAAAAAAGUUGUCUUUUUGUUGAACAA